AAUCAGCUGAUUUGUAGACGCCAUGCAUGUGCCAUACGUCAUAGCGUCAUUAGCUGUGCAUAUUGCAUUUGUAUAAUAGGUAUCACAGUUACAUACAAUUUUCGAACAAAGUAUAAUGUUUCUCUCCUUAUUUCAAAGAAAGUCUGAAACAACUGUUGCAAGUAAACCAUCUUAUCCAGAAAUUGAUUGUGAGAAACUUAGAAAUAUUAUUUAUGGUUUUAUAAGAACAAUUAAAGACCCAGAAAAACCAAAUACUUUAGAAGAGUUGAAAGUUGUUUAUGAAAACGGAGUGCAGGUACGAAAAUCAGUAGCUGAAAAUUUAAACGUUGUUAGGAUAGAAUUCAAUCCAACAGUUCCUCAUUGCUCAUUAGCAACAUUAAUCGGUCUCUGUAUUCGAAUAAAAUUGGAGCAAACAGUUCCUUACAAGUUUAAAUUGGAUAUUUUUAUUAAAAAAGGAGGUCAUGCUUCAGAAAAUGAGAUAAAUAAACAAAUAAAUGAUAAGGAAAGAAUUGCUGCAGCAAUGGAAAAUCCCAAUUUAAAAAAAGUGGUUGAACAGUGCAUACAGGAGGACUAAAAAUGGUAACAGGGGGAUAGAUGUCGCUGAGUAACAAUUGGCAGCUUGCAGUGCCAGCAGCUUUUUGUACAUCUUCGUUUACGUCAAAAUUUUC